CGCAGAGUGAGGGAGAAACAACAACCCGGAGAGGGAGCCGGAGCAUGGACGCCCAGGGUUAGAUCUGGAGGGGCAGCACCGCUCUCCCCUGUGCCGUGCCGGACAGCCUGACAUGCGGGUGUGACAGCGGCCAGAGCCCUGCAGGAUGUGGCUGAAGCCCGAGGAGGUGCUGCUGAAGAACGCGCUGCGGCUCUGGGUGACUCAAAAGUCCAACCAGUACUUCAUCCUGCAGCGGCGCCGGGGCCAUGGAGACAGCGCGGCCAGGUUCACUGGCCGCCUAGUUGGGGCGCUGGAUGCUGUGUUGGACUCCAAUGCCCGAGUUGCCCCAUUUCGAAUACUGCUGCAGGUCCCUGGAUCACAAGUUUACUCGGCCAUCGCAUGUGGUGAGUUACUGAGCGGAUCAGAGGUGUACUGGGCCAUAGCAAUUGGGGCCACUGCGGAGGAGAUCAACCAGCACUGGGAAUGGUUGGAACAGAACCUGCUCCACACUUUAUCAGUCUUUGAUAAUAAGGAAGAUAUUUCCAACUUUGUCAAAGGGAAAGUAAAGGGUCUCAUUGCUGAGGAGACCACCAGCAAGUUGGCUGAACAAGAGGAUGAUCCAGAGAAGUUCCGUGAAGGCCUGGUCAAGUUUGAGAGCAGGUUCAGCUUCCCUGAGGCCGAGAAGCUUGUGGCGUUUUAUUCCUGCUGCUGUUGGAAAGGACGGGUGCCGAGGCAGGGCUGGCUGUACUUGAGCAUUAACCACUUCUCUUUUUACUCCUUCUUUCUCGGAAAGGAAUUAAAGAUUGUGAUCCCCUGGGUCGAUGUUCAGAAACUUGAAAGAUCAUCUAAUGUUCUGAUGACUGACAUCAUCAUAGUCUCUACACGUGACAAGGAGCGAGAGUUCUCCAUGUUCCUUGAUAUUAAUGAGGUUUUCAGGAUAAUGGAACAACUGGCAGAUGUGUCUGUAAGAAGACUGCUGGACAAUGAGAUGUUUGAACUUGAUGCAAAUCUUCAGGAGCCUACACAGAUAACCAGACGGGAUCUGGAAGCAAGGGCGCAGAAGGAGUUUUUCCGAGCCCUCUUUAAGCUGCCAAGAAAGGAGGCGUUGCAUGAGGUGCUUGACUGUUCUUUGUGGACACCCUUCAGCCGCUGUCACACAGCCGGGAGGAUAUAUGCCUCCGACAGCUACCUGUGCUUUGCCAGCAAGGAAGAUGGGCUAUGCAAUGUUGUCAUCCCUCUUAAAGAGGUUGUAAGCGUUGAGAAGAUGGAGGACACCAGCCUUCUUCCCAACCCCAUCAUUAUCAGCAUACGGCAUCAGAUGGCUUUUCAAUUCAUUGAGCUGAAAGACCGAGAUAGCUUGGUGAGCAGUUUGCUGCUCAGGCUGGAACGUGUGCAGACCAGCACCCUGUCCAUCCGGCAUAAGGAAAUGAGGUUGAAUGAAGACCGGCUUGGUAACAUGAACGUAAUGGUUAACCAAAACGAAGAUGGAAUUGGUAAUGAGACGCUGUCAACGAAUGCAGAAGCGUUAAUGGCAGCUUUUCAUCAAACAGGAACUGAGAGCACCAAGGCAGGGAUGUCAAGAGAGCAGAUAAAAGAGCACUUGUGGAACGACCAUUUCUCGGAGUACGGUAGGACCGUCUGCAUGUUUCGCACAGAAAAAAUCCGAAAACUUGUUGCCAUGGGGAUACCCGAAUCCUUGCGUGGAGAACUGUGGCUUAUAUUUUCAGAUGCAGUAACUGACCUCCCGACACACCCGGGGUACUACAAUAAGCUGGUGGAGGAGUCCAUGGGCAAAUGCUGUAUGGCGACUGAAGAGAUCGAAAGGGAUCUUCACCGGUCCCUUCCGGAGCAUCCCGCCUUUCAGAACGAGACAGGCAUUGCGGCUCUGAGAAGAGUGCUUACUGCUUAUGCAUACAGGAACCCAAAAAUCGGAUACUGUCAGUCCAUGAAUAUUUUGACUUCCGUCUUGCUUCUCUAUGCCAAAGAAGAGGAAGCGUUCUGGUUAUUGGUGGCUGUCUGUGAAAGGAUGCUUCCAGAUUAUUUCAAUCACAGGGUGAUCGGCGCUCAAGUCGACCAGUCGGUUUUUGAAGAACUAAUACAAGAGCGCCUUCCUGAGCUGGCUGAGCACAUCACUGAUUUAUCUACGUUGGCCUCAAUCUCUUUAUCGUGGUUCCUCACCCUGUUCAUCAGUAUCAUGCCCCUUCAGAGUGCUGUCAAUGUUGUGGACUGUUUCUUUUAUGAUGGCAUCCGGGCAGUUUUCCAAAUUGGUUUGGCGGUCCUGGAUGCCACCGCAGAGGAGCUCUGCAACAGCAAAGAUGAUGGGCAGGCCCUCAUGAUCCUGAGCAGGUUCUUAGAACAUGUUAGAAACGAAGAAAGUCCUCUGCCUCCCAUCGGGAAACCGGAUAACGAGCAGGAAGACUACCCGUUCACAGAUAUAGCAGACUUGAUUCGCGACUCAUACGAGAAAUUUGGCUAUAAUUCUGUGGAACAGAUUGAGCGCUUGCGUUGUAAACACAGGAUCCGCGUACUCCAAAACCAUGAGGAAACUACAAAGCAAAAUGUUAUAAGAGUUGUCUCACCUGAUGUUUCCUUUCUUCACGAAGAUUUAGAAGAGCUAUAUGACAUGUUUAAGCGGGAGCAUCUGGUCAGCUGUUACUGGGAGAGGACCUCUCCUUUACUUGAGCGUCAUGACCCUAGUAGACCCUACACAGAUCAGUACAAGAUUGACGGCCAGCAGUUCCUGAACCUCUUCAAGCUUUCCUCGCCCUGGACAUGUGGCACACACACCGAGGUUCUGGUCGAAAGACUCUUCCGUCUGUUGGAUGAAAAUCUGGAUGGUCUUAUUGAAUUCAAAUCGUUUGCAUGGUCCUUAGAUGUAAUGUAUUAUGGUGAGAUGAAUGACAAAAUCAAAUUGUUGUACAGACUUCAUAUACCCCCUGCUCUCACAGAGAAUGACCAGGACUGUCAGUCACCACUCAAGGGCCCACUGCUGUCCACAACCAGACCACUGAAGAUCACCAAAGCAAACGGAGGUGAAACUGAUUAUCAAAAACAAGUAAAACAGAUGCUAAAAGAUUUGGCCAAAGAAAAAGAGAAGAACACAGAAAUAGAAUUGCCUAAAAUGACCCAGAGAGAAUUUAUCCAGUUCUGCAAGACAUUGUAUAGCAUGUUUCACACGGACCCCGAGGAAAAUGAGUUGUACCAAGCCAUUGCCACAGUGACCACCCUCCUUUUACAGAUUGGGGAGGUUGGGCAACGCAUCAGCAGCUCCGGAAGCAACUCUGAUGAAUUCCCGGAGCCAGAGAAUGGCACAUCGAGCUCUGACCAGGACAGCGUGUUUUCCGAAACCGUUAAAGUGUCCUCACAUUCCUCCCAAUCGCUGCCAUUCAGUGAAGCAGACUGGGCAGUGUCCUUUGAGCAUAUUGUGGCUUCUCUCUUGACUGAGCAGUCCUUGGUGAACUUCUUUGAGAAGCCCCAGGACAUAAAGCCAAAACUAGAAAGUGCAAGAAUGAAUCCAUACAGCCUCAAAACCAGUGGGCUCAGCCAACAGCCAUGAUGGUCUUGUCUUCAGUUUAUCCAUCUAAUGUUUAUUAUUUUGUCUCGGGCACCUUACGUGGAGGAAACAUACACUGUUCUGCGUUACUAUGUAAAGUGAUUACCAAAAUAGCAGCAUGGUUCAAGCACAUUGUGUUGCUGCAGGUGGAAUAAUGCCGAAAUCCUAAGCUUCAUUACGCUAUUGGUUUAUUCUGCCGAUGUCUCGGAACCUAAGGAUGACCGGUUCUCACAGAUACUUGCUCAGACGUAUGUCACCUCUGGUGCCCAAGCCAAAGUACAGCACAGGUCACAUCAUGCGUUGGCAGAUAGGUAUCUGGAGUCGGAGAGGUUGGCUGUCCACACAUGACUACUUUUUCUAAUCCGAAGACUAAACAACAAUGUAAUAGGAAAGGAGAGCGUUACUUCUCAACAUCUAUGCUGCUUAGUACAGUUGAUCCAAGCAGACCUGCAAUAUCUUACGUGUGUUUUGCGAUCAAGGCAAAUAACUCCAUCUACUCGUGCCACAAAUUUCUAUUCCACGUAAUGUAGAGACAAAUGUGCAUGGUUUGUCAUAACUGUGAUUUGAAUCGAAGUGGAAUUUUGAAAAUGCAAUCUAUAAAUCUAUGUAAAAUUUUGACAACAGGAAAAUCAAAUUUCAGUAUUGUGCAAAUCAUAAGACAAAGUAGCCCAGAAACCAAUCGGCCAACAUAAUGUACUCUGGAACAAAAGUCACCAAAGCACAAAGGACAGUAUGUCAUUCUUCGUCCCCUUUCAUUAGUUCUUCUGUUUUUGUUUCUUGUGUGAUGCCUGCUGUAGGAAUCAUUUGAAAGCUGUCUGAUUUGUCCCAUGUCCAGCACCGGCAUGCCAAACACUUGUAGUUGGAAUAUGUUCAGUAGUCUCAUGGGGACUAACGUCAAAUGUUCACUGUUUUGCACUAAUAAUGUAUAUGUUUCAAUGCUGGAAAUUGAAACUUUUAUUGUGUUUGAUUUGCAUUGGAAUUUUUAUGUUGGUGUAUAACCUUGUGCUUUACAUCCUUUGUUCUGUGAGAAUGUGCACUUUUCAAUAAACUUUUUUUUUUUAAGG